GUUGAAAGAGAAUUGUAAAGUUGCGUGUGUGAAAUUAGGAGGGUGAGAGGGACGAGCAUGGAUCAUAGUCCAUAAUUCUCAGUGUUGAUUUGUCUUCUUCCCUUCCAAUUCCAAUCCAGGGUAAGCCUAAACUAAACCAAACUCUGUUGAUACUUUGCUACAAUUAGAGAGAAACAAAGACAAAGAAACAGAAUCAGGUCUUCCCCAACCUCAAGCAACAAAAAAACCACCGGCCAUUUCCAUUUGACCAUCAUUGCUACUUUUGAAAGGAAACUCUAAACCCCAUAUGAAUCACAUGCUUUCCAUCUCAUAACACAACAACCCCACUUAUAUUAAUUCUUCUCUUCUCUUUUCCUUUCUUCAUUCCUCAUUACCAUGGUUUCCCUGUCAACCACCACCCCCUUUCUACCCUUCACUGCACAAAACGCUUCCACCAGAAUCCCUCCUCCCAACACCUUCCGUUACACCAACCACCGUCAUAGGGAUCACCGGAAGGUUGUGUGCGCCUGCAUCGCACCUCCGCAGAACUUCAAGAGCCAGGACUCUUCCCCUGUUAAUUUCAAUGGUUUGCACAAAUCAGAACAGCUGAGCGCGGCGCGGGAUCAGGAUGAUGAUUCUGAUGUUCUUAUUGAGUGUAGAGAUGUGUACAAAUCUUUCGGGGAAAAGAAAAUCUUAAAUGGUGUCAGCUUCAAGAUCAGGCACGGUGAAGCUGUUGGAAUAAUUGGUCCCUCUGGGACUGGUAAAUCUACAGUUUUGAAGAUUAUAGCAGGACUUCUUGCUCCGGAUAAGGGGGAAGUUUACAUUCGAGGAAAAAAGAGGGUUGGUUUAGUAAGCGAUGAUAACCUAUCUGGUCUUCGGAUUGGAUUAGUUUUCCAAAGUGCCGCACUCUUUGAUUCUUUGUCUGUUCGUGAAAAUGUUGGUUUUCUCUUGUAUGAACACUCGAGUAUGUCUGAGGACCAGAUAUCAGAGCUUGUCAAGGAAACUUUGGCUGCAGUUGGAUUGAAGGGAGUUGAAGAUCGGUUGCCUUCUGAAUUAUCAGGUGGGAUGAAAAAGCGAGUUGCUUUGGCUCGUUCUAUUAUCUGUGACACCACAAAGGAAUCAAUUGAGCCAGAGGUGCUUUUAUAUGACGAACCAACUGCUGGACUUGAUCCUAUUGCAUCUACUGUUGUUGAGGAUCUGAUUCGCUCAGUGCACAUAAAAGGACGAGAUGCUCGUGGAAAACCUGGGAAUAUUGCAUCUUAUGUGGUUGUUACUCACCAACAUAGUACCAUUAAAAGAGCCAUUGAUAGAUUGUUGUUUCUACACAAGGGAACGAUUGUUUGGGAAGGAAUGACUCAUGAAUUUACAACUACAACAAAUCCAAUUGUUCAGCAGGUUAGUUGUGUUGCUUUAAGAGUAAACAAGGACUUGUUUCUGAAAUCUUUUACUGUGGGACAUCAAUUUCUUAUCUAGGGGCGGUAUCUAAAUAUAAUAUUUAGAAAGGUUUAUAUAAAAGAAAGUACUACUUUUCUGUUCAAACUUCAGAUGUAUUGUCCGUGAGAGAAUGCACCUUGGUUCACAUUAUUUGAAGAUCUUGCUUCUCUACAAAAGUCUGCUUUGAUUGGGUUCCUUGCUUGUUUCUUCUAUUUUUACUUGUGAAGGAGGCUAGUAUUUUUCAUUUGAAACACUGACCCCAGAGGAACCAAAACUGAAAUUGUCCUCGAUUUGAAUGAUUUCAAGAAAUGAAAGAGAUUGCUAGUAUUAUUCAUGUUUGUGAAAAAUAAGAAGUAAUAUAUGAUGAGAAUGACUUAUAAUUUUUUUUUUGUUGUUUAAGUAGUGUCCGAGAAGCAUGUUUUUAAU